CUUUGUGUGUGUCUGCAUGUACGUAAAAAAACCUUUUACUUUUGAAAGUUUUAAUGCCGACAUGUUAACGAUGGAAAGGACAAUAAUUCAGACUACUUUUUGUGCACAUGUAUAGCAUAAGAAAAUGAACAUUUUUCUCAUUAAAAAUAUUGGACAUUUAUUAAAAGUUUCACUGGGGCGAAAUAAAACGGAAACAAUUUGAGAAAACGACACCAAAGUCAAAAGGUUUAAUUGACUUUUGAAAGACCCUCCCCUUAGAGUAUCGUCUUAACAUUGUAUUGUACUUUUGUUUAUUCGCUCGUGAAUAAAUGAAAACGAACACUGAUUUAAGAGAUCUGUUUAAAGAUAUCAGCGUUAUCUAUGAAAAUAAAAGUGAAAUAUAUUAUUACUAGUUAUAAAUAACACAAAUGUAUUAAUUGAAAUACUUUCAACUGUACAAAUCAGGAGGCAUUUUCACGGUAGACAAAGUUAUUGUCUUAGAUUGGAAAUAUAGAGAGAGUGAAUUAUAAUACAUACUGGAAUGAAAAUAUAAUGUACAUGACCUGUUGACAAUAUGUAAACUGUAAAUGUUUUAAAAUAUGUUUGUUUAAGUGUCUAUGUAAGCUAAACUAACAAAAUUUAUAAAUCCACGCUUCGAGGACAGAGUGUUGACUGUUGGAAAUGCAGGCAUGGCAAGCUAUGAUAUGGAGGAAGAGCAUAUCCCAGAGGAAAGAAUAGAAGAGUUCCGGGAAGCUUUUUCUCUAUUUGACGAAGAUGGGAACGGUGAAAUAGCAAUUGAUGAACUAAUUAAAACAUUGCAAAGUUUAGGUAAAAACCCAUCGCAAGAGGAAAUCAAUGAAUUAGUUCGUGAUUUUGAUGCAAAUGGAGAUGGUGUGAUCGAUUUUGAAGAAUUUAAAGUGUUGAUGCUCAAAAAGAUGAAAAACACUGACAGUGCAGAGGAUAUAACAGAUAUAUUUCAUUGCUUAGAUAUUCGUCACCAUGGAUACUUCACUGCUAGAGACUUACAUGCUGUUAUCGUUGGUCUGGGAGAAAGUUUCACUGUAGACGAAGCUGAAGAACUAGUAAAUGACACAAAAACUGAACAUCCGGGAAAAAUCAAUUAUGACGAUUUUUGUCACUUAGUAAAGACUUUAACUGGGAGACAAUAAAGAUGAAAGUGCCUGUCGAGCAUUGUAUAAUGUAUCAAUUGUUAAUGGUCCGUGUUCAAGUUUUUAAUUCUAAGAUAACAUUAAUUGUGCUUGUUUAUUUCGUACACAAUUGCCUUUGUCCUUCAUUUGUAAUUAUAAACAUUAUAAUUAUGCUAUAUUUAAUGCUGAAUAAACUCUAAUGUUAUAAUGAGGAUAUUUGUUUAGUUCAGUGUAAGAUCGGAAUAUAUUUCACCGAGUGAGCACCAAAAGGUAUAUUUCACGAGUGGCGCAGCCACGAGUGAAAUAUGAACUUUUGGUGUUCACAAGGUAAAGUAUAUUUCGAUCUUACACUAAACUAAACAAAUUUUCUUUUUAUUAUAAGCAAAGAAACGUUUUAAAAAGACAUUAAACCUAAUGCUGAAUGAAAAGCGCGCCAAAUAAUAAUACAACGUGACGUCAUUUACGACUUGGUUCCUAGUAC